CACCCGGAGCACAGGAAGAGGAACAGCCGCGCCCUGCUCCCGCUAGCCCCGGCCCAGCGCAGCGCCAUGGCGGCGGAGGACGUGGACGGGCUGGCCGUGUCUCGGCCCCACUAUGGCUCCGUCUUGGAUAAUGAGAGGUUAACAGCGGAGGAAAUGGAUGAAAGGCGACGCCAGAAUGUAGCCUAUGAAUACCUUUGUCAUCUGGAGGAAGCAAAGAGAUGGAUGGAGGCUUGUUUGAAUGAGGAGCUUCCUGCCACAACAGAGCUGGAAGAAGGAUUGAGAAAUGGAGUCUACCUGGCAAAACUUGGAAAUUUUUUCUCCCCUAAAGUGGUUUCUGUGAAGAAAAUCUAUGACAGGGAACAGACUAGGUAUAAGGCAACUGGUCUCCACUUCCGACACACAGAUAAUGUGAUCCAGUGGCUGAAUGCCAUGUCUGAGAUUGGUCUCCCCAAGAUAUUCUACCCAGAAACAACAGAUAUCUAUGAUCGCAAGAACAUGCCACGCUGUAUCUAUUGUAUUCAUGCACUCAGCCUGUACCUUUUUAAACUGGGUCUUGCCCCUCAGAUUCAGGAUUUGUAUGGCAAGGUAGACUUCACAGAGGAGGAAAUCAGUAAUAUGAGGCUUGAACUGGAGAAGUAUGGCAUUCAGAUGCCUGCCUUCAGCAAGAUUGGAGGAAUUCUUGCAAAUGAACUUUCUGUGGAUGAAGCUGCAUUGCAUGCUGCUGUCAUUGCCAUUAAUGAAGCAAUUGACCGUCAGGUUCCAGCUGACACUCUUACAGCAAUGAAGAACCCUAAUGCUAUGCUAAUAAAUCUAGAUGAUCAACUGGAAUCCACUUACCAAGCCACACUCUACAGAGCAAAGCAAGACAAGAUGGACAAUGCUAAAAAUAGGAUUGCCUCAGAAAGUUCAGAGAGAGAGAGAGAUGUGUAUGAAGAACUUCUGACUCAAGCUGAGAUUCAGGGAAACAUCAAUAAAGUGAACACACAUGCAGCCAUAUCAAAGAUUGACCUGGCUUUGGAACGAGGAGAUGCGUUAGCACUGUAUGAAGCUUUGGCAACACCAGCCCUGGGACUUCGAGGAUUGCUACAAGAAAAUUGCGAUUGGUAUUUCAAGCAGUUCUUGAGUGAUAGACAACAGAAACAGGAGGCUGGCCUUACAGGUCCUCUCCAGAAGGAAGAGUUGCAGUUGGGAGUGGAUGCUGCUAACAGGGCAGCGCAGCAGUACCAGCAAAAACUGGCAGCAGUAGCCAAAAUUAAUUCAGCAAUUCGAAUGGGUGAUGCUGAGAAGACUGUGGCAGAAAUGAUGAAUCCAGAGGCCCAGUUACCAGAGGUUUAUACAUUUGCUGCAGAUCUUUACCAAAGGGAGCUGGCCACCUUACAGCAACAGAGCCCUGAAGGUCACCUCACCCAUCCAGAACUGGCUGUUGCUGUAGAGAUGCUGUCUUCUGUGGCCCUGAUUAACAGGGCUUUGGAUUCAGGGGAUAUGAACACAGUGUGGAAACAACUGAGCAGUCCUGUCACAGGCCUUACAAACAUUGAGGAUGAGAACUCACAGAGAUACAUUGAUGAUUUGGUGAAGCUGAAAGCUGAAAGAAGUGCAGAAGGAAAUGAAUUUAUCACAUGGAAUGAUAUCCAAUCAUGUGUUGAUCAUGUGAAUAAAGUUGUGCAUGAAGAACAUGAAAGGAUUUUGGCAAUUGGUCUUAUUAAUGAAGCUCUGGAUGAAGGGGACACCAAGAAGACUCUUCAAGCCUUACAGACUCCUGCAGCAAAAUUGGAGGGUGUAGCCCCAAAGGUAGCACAACAUUACCAAGAUACACUACUUCGAGCCAAGAGAGAGAAAGCGCAGGACACACAGGAUGAAACAGCUGUACUUUGGCUAGAUGAAAUUCAGGAUGGGAUUCAUAAGGCUAACAAGGACACUGAGGAGUCCCAGAGAUUCUCCUUAGGAAUUCUAGCCAUUAAUGAAGCAGUAGAUCGUGGUGACAUUAGCCAGACCUUGAGUGCCUUGCGUUCACCUGAUGUUGGGCUGUACGGAGUCACUCCAGAAUGUGCUGAGACGUACCAGCAAGAAUUGUCAGAAGUUAAGAAAAAGGCGGCAGGGGGAAAUGGCAGCGAGUGGGUGAAACACUGGGUGAGAGGAGGCUAUCAUUAUUAUCAUAACCUGCGGACCAAAGAGGGAGGAUGGGAUGAACCAGCAGAAUUUGUGCAAAAUGACACUCAGCUGUCACGGGAAGAGAUACAGAGCACCAUAUCUGGAGUCACUGCAGCAUACAACCGAGAACAGUUGUGGCUUGCAAAUGAGAACCUGAUUAUGAAACUUCAGGCUUGCUGUCGAGGGUAUCUUGUUCGCCAGGAAUUCAACUCAAGAAUGAAUUUUUUGAAGAAGCAAGUCCCAGCAAUCACUUGCAUUCAGUCUCAAUGGCGUGGCUACAAGCAAAGGAAGGCAUAUCAAACCCGUUUGGAUUACCUACGUGCACAAAAGGACCAAGUAGUAAAGAUUCAAUCAAUGACCAGGAUGUAUCAAGCCAGAAGACGUUACAGAGAUCGUCUGCAGUAUUUCAGAAACCACAUAAAUGAUGUCAUAAAAAUUCAAGCAUUUAUUCGAGCAAACAAAGCCCGAGAAGACUACAAAACCCUCAUUAAUGCUGAAAAUCCACCUAUGGCUGUGGUUCGGAAAUUUGUCCACUUGCUUGAUCAGAGUGACCAAGAUUUUCAGGAGGAGCUUGAGCUAAUGAAACUCCGUGAAGAAGUUGUAACCUUGAUCCGAUCCAAUCAGCAACUGGAAAAUGACCUCAAUCUCAUGGACAUCAAAAUUGGUUUGCUAGUGAAAAACAAAAUUACAUUGCAGGAUGUUGUUUCUCAUAGCAAAAAACUUACCAAGAAGAACAAGGAACAGCUCUCUGACAUGAUGAUGCUGAACAAGCAAAGGGGAGGGUUGAAAGCAUUGAGCAAAGAAAAGAGAGAAAAGUUGGAAGCCUAUCAGCAUUUGUUCUACCUACUUCAGACUAACCCAACCUACUUGGCCAAGCUGAUUUUUCAGAUGCCUCAAAACAAAUCCACAAAAUUCAUGGAUUCUGUCAUCUUCACGCUGUAUAACUAUGCAUCCAAUCAAAGAGAGGAAUACCUGUUGUUGCGACUUUUCCAAACAGCACUGCAGGAAGAGAUCAAAUCAAAAGUAGACCAGAUACAUGAAAUUGUGACUGGGAAUCCUACUGUUAUUAAAAUGGUGGUAAGUUUCAAUCGUGGUGCCCGUGGUCAAAAUGCCCUGAGGCAGAUCCUUGCACCAGUUGUGAAGGAAAUCAUCGAUGACAAGUCACUUAAUAUCAAAACUGAUCCUGUGGAUAUUUACAAGUCUUGGGUUAACCAGAUGGAAUCUCAAACUGGAGAGGCCAGCAAACUGCCAUAUGAUGUUACUCCUGAGCAAGCCCUAAUUCAUGAAGAGGUGAGGACGCGCCUGGAUGCCUCAAUCAGAAACAUGAGGACAGUGACAGACAAGUUCCUAUCUGCCAUUAUUAGUUCAGUGGACAAAAUCCCGUAUGGAAUGCGUUUCAUUGCCAAGGUCCUAAAAGACUCCCUGCAUGAGAAGUUUCCUGAUGCUGGUGAGGAUGAGCUUCUGAAGAUUGUGGGCAACUUACUCUAUUAUCGCUACAUGAAUCCAGCUAUUGUUGCACCAGAUGCAUUCGACAUCAUCGACCUUUCAGCUGGAGGUCAGCUGACGACAGAUCAACGCAGAAACCUCGGUUCCAUUGCAAAGAUGUUACAGCAUGCUGCAUCCAAUAAGAUGUUCAUGGGAGACAAUGCUCAUCUAAGCAUCAUUAAUGAAUACCUGUUGCAGUCAUACCAGAAAUUCAGACGUUUUUUUCAGGCUGCCUGUGAGGUUCCCGAAUUGCAGGAUAAAUUUAAUAUUGAUGAAUAUUCAGACUUGGUGACUCUCACUAAACCAGUAAUUUAUAUUUCUAUUGGUGAAAUCAUCAAUACACACACUUUGCUCUUAGACCAUCAAGAUGCAAUUGCUCCUGAGCACAGUGAUCCAAUUCACGAGCUGCUGGAUGAUCUCGGAGAGGUUCCUACAAUUGAGUCUUUAAUAGGGGAAGGUUCUGGCAAUGUUAAUGACCCCAGCAGGGAAAUGCUAGCAAAGACUGAGGUUUCUCUCACACUCACUAAUAAAUUUGACGUUCCUGGUGAUGAGAAUGCAGAGAUGGAUGCGAGAACAAUUCUUUUGAACACAAAACGUUUAAUUGUUGAUGUAAUCCGCUUCCAGCCAGGGGAGACGCUGACUGAAAUUUUGGAAACUUCAGCUACCUCAGAGCAAGAAGCAGAGCAUCAUAGAGCUAUGCAGAAACGGGCCAUUCGUGAUGCUAAAACUCCUGAUAAGAUGAAAAAAUCUGUCUCUGUAAAGGAAGAUGGCAACUUGAAUCUCCAAGAAAAAAAAGAAAAAAUCAAGGCAGGCCUAAAGAAGUUGACAGAACUGGGGCCAGUGAAUGCCAAAAAUAAAUACCAGGAACUAAUUAAUGACAUUGCGAAGGAUAUCAGAAAUCAGCGUAGAUACCGUCAGAGAAGAAAGGCGGAGCUAGUGAAGCUGCAGCAGACAUACAGUGCCUUGAACUCCAAAGCUACUUUUUAUGGAGAACAAGUAGAUUAUUACAAAAGUUACAUAAAGACCUGCUUGGAUAACUUGGCCAGCAAGGGCAAAGUCUCCAAGAAACCUCGAGAGAUGAAAGGCAAAAACAGUAAAAAGAUUUCUCUGAAAUACACAGCAGCUCGACUUCAUGAGAAAGGAGUGCUUUUAGAGAUUGAGGACCUGCAAGGUAACCAGUUUAAAAACGUGAUUUUUGAAAUCAGUCCAACAGAAGAAGUGGGAGAUUUUGAGGUUAAAGCAAAAUUCAUGGGUGUACAGAUGGAAACGUUUAUGUUACAUUAUCAGGAUCUCUUGCAGCUGCAGUAUGAAGGUGUUGCUGUCAUGAAGUUGUUCGACAGAGCAAAAGUGAACGUCAAUCUUCUGAUCUUUCUUCUGAAUAAGAAAUUUUAUGGGAAGUAACUGACCUCUGCCAGUAAGUCUGUGAAAGGGGAGAUGGAUAGAAACCUGCACAUGCAACUUUUAAUAAUGUGGUGAUGUAUCAGUAUAUUCGCACCGUGUACUAAUUGUGUCAAAUGUAUCAUGAAGGAGGACUAAGAACCUCUUGGGAAUUGACAACCCUGAUUGAGUCUGCAGGGAGUUGGUUUCUUGUUUAUUUAUAGUCUUCCAACUUUGAAGAUCCCCUUUAAAGAGGUUAUUUUAGAAUGUAUUUUUACAUGGGUUUGGCCAUUCAACUAAUAUUCGAGUAUACUUAGGCCAUCUGAAUGCUUAGUUUGCCUACUGUGUGCUUUAUGAGGCUUGAGUUCUUUUUGCCUGUGCAAAGAGAAAGCUGGCACUAUAUGGAGGUCUAUUAGCCUCUUCCUGAGAACUAAAAAAGGGUUGCAGGUGGUAUUUGGACUCCAGUUAUUCUCAAGCAAAGAUGACCAAUGGAAAACAUGGUUAAGAUUCAGGUUAUCCGUUUGUUUGCAAGCUUGCAUUGGUAGAGGUGGCAGUUGCCAGUUGCCAAGAUUAGAACUACUGUGGUCAGGUAAUCAGUAAGCAUAAAAAGUUAUUGAGCUAUUUGUGAUGAUGUACUACAGCCACAUAUAGCAGCUUAAGUGUCUCAUUUUUCUCCAUUUGCUUCUGUUUAUCACACUGUAGUAAUUUACAGGUGCACCCCUAAUGGAGGGACCAUGGAAUGUAUUUACUAGGGCUUAUAGAUGAAAAGAUUUUUGUGGAAGGGGAGGGUAGCUGAAACAAUUUCUUGUGACACGUUAACUUUUAAUGUUGCUUGCAAAGCAUUUGAAAUGUAAAAUUCACUUUUUUUUCCCCAGUUUAGAGCAAUGUUAUAUAUAUAUCUGUGUCUGAUGCAAUAAAUGUUAGUUUUCUUCCUUGGACAAGUCUGUAGGUAGAGCCUGUCUCAAAUAGAUUAGCUUGUAAAAAGUUAAUUUUUUUCUAGCUACACUCAAAUUCCUUUAUCUUUUAUUAUUUCAUGGGGGGUUCGUCUGUGCUUUUUCACAGUCGUGGUGGUUGUUCUGUUAUAUCCAAUAAAAUGCAGAGACUCUUACAAAAUAUAAUUGACCUUUAAAUUCAUUUGCUUCAGCUGUUUCCCCAGUUUUUUCCUUCAGUUUUUUUUUAACAGACACAUCUCCUGCAAAUUUCAAGUUGGCCUGCUUAUUCAGGUUACUGUACAGAGUUUAAAUGAACUUUUUGAUCUAUUCCGAGGCAAGUUCUUUCAGCUUAUGUCUUUUUUUUUCUCAUGAAAGACACUCCUAGUAUUUGGAAUGUCCAUGCCACUGAGCAUAACUUUUCUGUAGUUCUCUUGGAAGGAAAUAAUUAAACUUGCUGGUGUUUAUACUGUAUUUAAACAUA